UCCGUUUCCGUAGUUUUUUCUUUCAGUUCCCCAUAAAGACGGAAGACGAAGGGCCAAGACCACUGAACUACUGUAUUGCUGUAUAGAGUUCAGUGGCCAAGACGGCCAAUUGUAACCGAGUAAAAAACACUGAAAAUGUUGAAAGAGUUGGUGAAGGAGCGACUAAUGGCGGCGGCUGAUGAAAUAUUCGCUUUGUUUGAAAGAACGAUAGCGUCGUACGAGGAGGAACUUUCUCGAACAAGACAGGAGAAGGAGGGACAUCGGCAACAACUGGAAGCUGUUAGCAGGACUGGAAUUACGACACAGAUUGAAGACGUCCAGCAGCUGAUUGGUCGUCAAGAAGAACUUCCUACUCGGCCACAUGGGUGGAGCUCCACUUUGAAGCAGCCCUCCCAUGUUAAAGAGGAAGAGGAGGAGUCACAGACAUCACAAGUUAAAGAGGAAGAGGAGGAACUCUGGAUAACGCAGGAGGAAGAGUGUCUUCUUGGGAAGGAGGAGGCUGAUCUCACCAUGAAGUUGCCACUGACUGUUGUGUUUGUGAAGACUGAAGACCAUGAAGACAAACCACCCGAGUCCUCACAGCUUCAUCACAGUCCAAGUGAGGAGAACAGAGGGGCGGGGCCUCAAAGCAGCAGCUCGCCACAACAUAUGACAACAGACGCUGAUGGAGACCACUGUGGAGGAUCACAAGCAGACAACCUCUUAGCUCCACUAUCAGAUAGUGACGAAACAUCUCACAUCAGCAUAAAUAUGGAACCGCACAUGAGAACACACACAGAAGAAAAUCAUGUUCAUUGCCCAGACUUUGGCAAAAGCUUCACUCAGAAGGUAAACAGGCUAUCACACAGAACGCACACAGGAGAAAAACCUUUCAGUUGCUCAGUUUGUGGUACAACAUUCUCUCAUAAGACAACAAUGCUAGCACACACGAGAACACACACAGGAGAAAAAACCUUUCAAUGCUCAGUCUGCGAUAAAAGAUUUUUUCGGAAAUCGGUUAUGUCGGCACACAUGAAAACACACACGGGAGAGAAACCCUUUAGUUGUUCGGUUUGUGAUAAAAGAUUUUCAGAAAAAAUUAAUUUGCUUUCACACAUGAGAACACACACUGGAGAAAAACCUUUUAGUUGCUCAAUUUGUGAUGCUAAGUUUUCUCAUAAGGUAACAGUAUUGUCACACAUGAGAACACAUACUGGAGAAAAACCUUUUAGUUGCUCAGACUGUGGUAAAAGCUUCACUCAAAAGGUAAAUAUGGUAUCACACAUGAGAACACACACUGGAGAAAAACCUUUUAGUUGUUCAGACUGCGGUAAAAGCUUCACUAAAAAGGGAAAUAUGUUAUCACACAUGAGAAUACACACAGGAGAAAAACCUUUUAGUUGCUCGAUUUGUAGCGAUACAUUUUCUCACAAGUCCUCUUUGAAGAAACACCUGCAGAGUCAUUGAUGAGCUACUGUUUUUUUUUUUUUCUCAAGCAGGCAGGGUGAGUGUCAUAUUAAAACAGGGAUGUCCAAACUUUUUCUAGGGCCACACACUGAAAAAAAUUAAAAUAAAAAGGCCUCUUUGAUAUUUUGAGAUAAGAAUUUAUAUAUAUUAGUAUGAAAAGUAUGGAAUUUGAUUUGUUAAAUUUUCCAGAUCUGGAAAAGUAUGGAGAAAUAUGUUUUGAAGACUGCUACCACCGGUCUGUUUUCUAAACUAUAACAUUAUAAAUAACUAAAAAAUAAAAUUAAAAAAAAGCAAUGGACCUGUUUUGUAACGUGCUUGCUACGGCAGCUAAGAUGUUUGUCCGGAAAACAUUUGGGGAGAUUGACAGGUUGACUGGCCAGCCUCUGCUCUUAUCCGCCUACAACACUUUGUAUGAGGUACUUUACUAAGAUAUAAUCUCCUGGAAAUGAUGUGGUGAAUUAAUGGCAUACAUAUUCAGAAUAAAGAAAACAAAUGAUUAUGGCUGUCAAAUCUUAAAAUCAGAUUAAUAACAGUUUUAAAAAUAUAAACUCAACACUUUUGUUUUUCCUCCCAUUUUUUGUGAGAUAAACUCAAAGAUCUAAAGCUUUUUCCACAUACACUAUCACCAUUUCUCUCAAAUAUUGUUCACAAAUCUGUCUAAAUCUGUGAUCGUGAGCACUUCUCCUUUGCUGAGAUAAUCCAUUCCACCUCACACGUUUGCCAUAUCAAGAUGCUGAUUAGACACCAUGAUUAGUGCACAGGUGCGCCUUAGACUGCCCACAAUAAGGCCACUCUGAAAUGUGCAGUUUUGUUUUAUUGAAGGGGGAGGGCGCCACACACGCUGUCUGCCAUCUGGCCUGAACAGUGUAAACCGGGAUUCAUCCGUGAAGAGAACACCUCUCCAACAUGCCAGGCGCCAUCGAAUGUGAGCAUUUGCCCACUCAAGUCGGUUAUGACAACAAACUGGAGUCAGUUCGAGACCCCGAUGAGGACGACGAGCCUGCAGAUGGGCUUCCCUGAGACGGUUUCUGACAGUUUGCCCAGAAAUUCUUUGGUUAUGCAAACCGACAUCUUGAUAUGACAUGAGAUGGUAGCAUGAAAAAGCAGGGUUGCUGUGUUUGUUGCCGUUUCUGUGGAACUUCUAGGCCUCUUGGUCAGUCUAGCGUCGCUUUGUAUGUUUUCGUCUACUUUGUUUACCAUUGGCCAUUUUCUGUGUGUGCUUUUUCCCUCUGAGAACCGAGAACAUUCAUUGGUUCAAACUGCGGAAAUACGCAUCAACCAAUGAAAACGGUCAGCUGAAACAGCUUUCUUGCAAUGCACGGGAAUAGUUAUUGUCUCUUCCAUCAAGAAGAUCGCAUUCACGAAGAAGACUGGCACGUUUAUUUGAUUUGAUAACUCAAGCGUUAGACAUCUGUUGUGAAGUUUGUCAGCCUAACACGAUGACACGAAUGAAGUAUGCGAAUGAGGUCAAAAUAAUUGAAACCAGACAUAUAUUACGAAUGAGAACUGUGAUCGCGAGGAUAUGAAUGGAGACGACUGGGAAGCUGAGGUGCAGAUCCCUUCGCCAUUAAACAAGAGCAAGAACCCUCAGGUUUGGUUCUAGCAUCGGGGAACUGGCACCCUACCGAAAGGCAGCUGAGCUUGGGCGAGAUGUGCCUCUCACUGGAGAUAUUGAAUAUGGACGAGGACAAGGACUAAGCAGCCAAAAAGGUUCUGGGAGACGGACGAAUCAGAUGAAGAUGAAGAAGCAGUUCUGUCAUCCAGGCAACAGCACAAGAAGAAGAAGGCCACAUGAAAUGCCGUCAAUGAAGAGGCUAAGAAUCAGCUUAGGGCAAAAGUUGCCCUUGAAGCGCAGAAUGAUGCUCAUGAUCUGCAGGUACAGCGUUUGAGAGCAGAAAAUCGGACUCUGAAAAAUGUCUUGGCUGUCAUGAAGGGGCUUCCAGAGAUGUUACAACUCAUGGAUAGAUUAACCUCUUGCCACAAAAUUAAGGACAAUCAGCUGUGAGCAAGGGAGCGGACCAUGAAGGGAGGCAAGAAUGGCCUACUGUACCCGCCCUCCAGAUGCCAACUCCAUUUAGGAACAGCUCAUUCCCACCCGGGAGCCCAGCCCUUCACACGACAUCUGUAAGGUCCCCACAAGGCAAGCCAUCGUCACCAUGUAAAGCAAAACCUAGAGGAGAGGCCAUACCUAUUUUAUGUCAC